GAAACGGCCCAGGCCAUCAAGGGUAUGCAUAUCCGAAAAGCCACCAAGUAUCUGAAAGAUGUCACUUUGAAGAAGCAGUGUGUGCCAUUCCGACGGUAUAAUGAUGGAGUCAGUAGAUGCGCCCAGGCCAAACAGUGGGGCUGGACACAGGGUCGGUGGCCAAAAAAGAGUGCGGAAUUUUUGCUGCACAUGCUUAAAAAUGCAGAGAGCAAGGCUGAACUGAAGGGUUUAGAUGUAGACUCUCUGGUCAUUGAGCACAUCCAGGUGAACAAAGCACCUAAGAUGCGCCGACGAAUUUACAGAGCUCAUGGCCGGAUUAACCCAUACAUGAGCUCCCCCUGCUACAUUGAGAUGAUUCUCACUGAAAAGGAACAGAUUGUUCCAAAGCCAGAAGAGGAGGUUGCACAGAAGAAAAAAAUAUCCCAGAAGAAACUGAAGAAACAAAAACUUCUGGCA